AUGCUCGCGUCAACCGUUACCGUUCUUUACCGGCUAGCAUGCCUGGCCGGUUAUGGCUAUGUGGCAUUUUGGACUGUCGAAAACCUCCGCAAUAAGGCUACCACGUCGCUUACUGAAAGCCUGAUCAUUCAGUCCCGGUUCUUAACUUUCGACACUUUGGUAAUCCUACUGCUCUUCUCGCAUUCUUGUAGCUUGUUCAAAUUAUGUACUAUUUCCUGGCUUUG